UUGUCUUCGACAUGGCCGACGAGCUAGCAAAUUUCAUAACCCUCGCUUCACCCGUGAUCGACGGUAAAGCCAAAGAUCUUCAAGCCUUGAGCUUGAAGAUUUGGGAAAAACCAGAGCUUGGCUACGAAGAACAUUUUGCCCAUGGUAUUCUGUGCGACUUUUUUGAGGAACAAGGUUUCGAGGUAACAAGGAGUUACACUUUGCCAACAGCUUAUCGGGCGGUGUUUGGAGCUGAGAACGAAGGUCCGACGGUUGCCGUGCUUUCUGAAUACGAUGCAUUACCUGGGGUCGGACAUGGAUGUGGGCAUAAUCUCAUAGCCAUAGCGGGGGUAGGGGCAGCACUGGGGAUAAAAGCAGCUAUCGAGGGUGGACUCAACGCUAAGCUUAUUGCCAUGGGAACUCCUGCUGAGGAAGGAGGUGGUGGAAAAGUGCAGAUGGUUAGUAGUGGUUGUUUCAAAGAUGUAGAUUUUUCCAUCAUGGUACAUCCUGCACCUUUUAAUAUGGCAUUCUACGUGAGCCAAGCUCUUGAGAAAGCUGAAAUUGUCUACAAAGGGAAGGCAGCUCAUGCAGCAGCCUUCCCAUGGGAAGGACGCAAUGCUCUUGAUGCUGCAGUCAUGGCGUACAACUCUAUAAGCCUGCUCAGGCAACAGAUGAAACCAACGUGGCGAGUACAUGGCAUUAUAAGUGAGGGAGGAGUUAAGCCUAAUAUCAUCCCUGAGCAAACUAAGCUUGAAUUCUGGGUGCGAACUGUGAAGAAUAAAGAAUGUGCAGUCCUCAAAUCUAAGGUGAAUGCUUGCUUUGAAGCAGCUGCAAAAGCAACUGAUUGCACGGUAGAAAUAACAUGGGAUCCCAUUCCUCAUGCAGGAGUGCUCACCAACAGCAAGCUGGCCUAUUUGUAUCAAAAGUAUGCUGGGCAAAUGGGUGUGGUCUUUCCAUCAAGAGAAGAACAAGAAAGUAUUGUGGAUGGAUCAACAGAUUUUGGAAAUGUGUCCAUGGUAGUUCCUGGUCUGCAUGCUCAGUUCUGUAUUGACAGCUCAGUGCCAUUUCAUUCCCAUGUCUUCCGAGCUGCUGCAGGCACACAGUAUGCUCAUGAUCAAACUAUUAUUGCUGCCAAAUCUCUUUGUUUUACUGCAAUUGAGGUGUUGCAUGAUCCAUCACUACUAAAAGAAAUGAAAGAUGAAUUUUUACAAGCAGUCAAAGAUGCUUAGAUCACAUUCUAUUUUCAAUUAGCUACUUUUGUUACAAGAAAGAAUCUGUUUUGGGAAUGUUGAAUUUUGAGGCAUUUGAACACAAUGUGAGAAGAGUGAAAGGAGGGGGGGAGGGGUGGGAAAAAAGCAGAAAUGGCAGACCUAAUUUUGCACCAGCCUCCCUUCCCUCAAAGUAAUGAUCAGUCUCCUAAAUGGUCUCAUUGUGAUGUAGGAGACAUGAUAAAGUCUGGUGAGUAACUUGGACUCUUCAUCAAGAUGAGGUUCAAGUGCUGGCUAAAGGUUCUGUAAUUGUGUUAUUAGCAUGAAAAUUUCCUUUACAGUUCCUCUCUUCACUCAGGUGUAUAAAGGGCUAACAGUAAACUGUAUGGGUAACUUGAUAACAUGUUGAGAAGUAACCUGUAAUGAUGAACCUAGCACUCCUAAGGGUGUCCAAUGAUUAAAUUCUCCUUACAAUAUCAAUACAUUUCCAAGCAGAAAAGGUCAUGGUAAGAAAGAAAAACAUAAAUUUAAGGAUAUUGUUUGAUCUAACACCAAAUUCCCAAAGACAAAAAUCAUGAGAAAUAUAUCAGAGACU